AUGGCAGAUUCAAUAAUGCUGCAAUCUGCUGUACGGCUGCCAACGCCGCCACCUGGCAUGUCUUACGCGCCCGAAAUCCCGCUGUCGCGAAAAAGAUCGCCUUCUUCACGUUCGCCUUCACCAGACCGCCGACGACCUGCUCCUCCUGAUGCUUCGCGUGACCAUCCAGAUAUUGACAUCGACCGAGAGACUGAGCGGGACCGACAACUAGCCGAGAGGUUUCGCCAGUUCAAAAAAGCCGACGGCCCUUCAAAACCACUCACGGAGGAAGAGAAGCAAGCUGCUGCAAAGGCGGAGUACGAGAAGCUUCUAACAAUGCGCUCUGGAGGCACAUAUAUUCCCCCUGCGCGGCUUCGCGCUUUACAAGCUCAGAUCACGGACAAGUCGAGUAAAGAAUACCAGCGGAUGGCCUGGGAAGCCCUCAAAAAGUCCAUCAAUGGACUGAUCAACAAAAUCAACAUUUCCAACAUCAAACACAUUGUUCCAGAGCUUUUCGGGGAAAAUUUGAUUCGUGGAAGAGGCCUUUUUUGCCGUAGUAUCAUGAAAGCUCAAGCGGCUAGUUUACCAUUUACACCAAUAUAUGCUGCUAUGGCUGCGAUUGUCAACACUAAACUGCCACAGGUGGGGGAACUUCUACUGAGUCGGCUUAUUAUUCAGUUCCGUAAAGCAUUUAAGAGAAACGACAAAACAGUGUGUAUAUCGUCUUCAACAUUCAUUGCUCAUCUAUGCAACCAACAAGUUGCUCACGAAAUGGUUGCAGCCGAGAUCCUGUUUCUCUUACUCCACAAACCCACAGAUGAUAGUGUGGAGGUGGCUGUGGGCCUUACAAGAGAGAUUGGGCAACAUUUAGAAGAAAUGAACCAGACUAUCUCACUAGCUGUGUUCGACCAGUUCAGGGCUAUCUUGCACGAGGCGGACAUCGACAAGCGCGUGCAGUAUAUGAUCGAAGUGUUGUUUCAAGUACGAAAAGAUCGAUUUAAGGAUAAUCCUGCCAUUAAAGAGGAGCUUGAUCUUGUGGAAGAAGAGGACCAAAUUACGCAUCGCAUCGAACUUGACGACGAGCUCGACGUCCAAGACGGCCUCAACGUUUUUAAGUUUGAUGCAGAGUGGGAAGAACACGAGGAGGCAUACAAGAAACUGAAAGCUGAAAUUUUGGGUGAAGGAAGUGACGGCGAGGAUGAAGAUGACUCUGAUGUGACUUCAGAUGAGGACGAAGAAGAUGAGGAAGACCGCCAGAUGGAUAUUAAAGACCAAAGCAACACCGACUUAGUUAACCUGCGACGAACUAUCUACCUCACCAUCAUGUCCAGCAUUGACUUUGAGGAAUGUUGUCAUAAACUCAUGAAAAUCAAUCUGCCUGUUGGACAAGAGUCCGAACUUCCUUCUAUGAUCGUCGAAUGCUGCUCCCAAGAGCGGACGUAUUCGAAAUUCUACGGGCUUACUGGGGAACGUUUUGCAAAGCUCAAUCGCAUGUGGACUGAUCUCUUCGAAGCUUCUUUUAUGAAAUACUACGAUACGAUCCAUCGCUACGAAACGAAUCGCUUGAGAAACAUUGCCAGGUUUUUUGGACAUAUGCUCAGUUCAGAUGCCUUUGGAUGGCACGUCUUGUCUAUAAUCCAUCUAAAUGAAGAAGAGACAACUUCUAGCAGCCGUAUUUUUAUUAAAAUUUUAUUCCAGGACCUCGCUGAAGGCCUAGGAAUGCCGAAGCUCCAAGAACGAUUCAAGGAUGAGAUCCUCCGCCCAAGCUUUGAAGGUAUCUUCCCGCUGGAUAACCCUCGCAACACCAGAUUCUCUAUCAACUAUUUCACAAGCAUUGGAAUGGGUGCUCUUACCGAGGAAAUGCGCGAGCAUCUCAACAAUCUUCCUCGACCAGUGAUCCCAGCAUUGCCUGCCCCAAAUAACCAGUCAGAUUCGGAGUCCGUUAGUUCAUACUCAAGCUACUCGUCGUAUACCGCUUCUUCACGUCCCCGGUCAUACUCGCGGUCUCCUUCUCCACGACGUGAAGGCGACGUAUCUCGCGGACGACGUCGAUCUCGCUCCUCAGCAUCCCGAAGCCCAAGCUACAGUACAUCUCGCUCUCGUUCACCGCCAUCACGCCGUCGUGGUCGACCGUUGUCAUAUUCUCGAUCUCGGUCCCCCGUGAAUCGAAGAAGUCGAUCGGUUUCAUCCUCCAUGGCGCGCAGAAAUGCCCUCAGCAGAUCUCCUGCGCCCAAAAGAUCCCUGGCCCCGCGACGGGACGCCAGGCGCUCUCCGACUCGCUCCCCAGCUCCACCGCGCCGACGCGUUUCGAGCCACUCCCCUCCACCAGCGUCCAGGCGGCGCCCUAGCUUAUCAAGGUCGCGAUCUCCUUACCGUCGACGCAGCCCCGUUCGAAGAGACAGCUACUCGCGAUCUCCGUCUCGCCGACGGGGCUCAGACCGUAGGCCACGAUCAUCGCCCCGCCCAACGUCUGUGGCUCGUUAUAGUCGGGAUAGAAAGCACCGGGAUGCAAGAGCUAGGUCUAUAUCGCCCCCACGCUCACCAUCUCCGCCUUCGAGACCUCGACGCUCAACGAGGGCCUCCUAUUCAGCCUCUCGCUCACCUUCCCGCUCAAUGACCCCCCCACCACACUCUUACCGACACUCGAGUCCUGGCCGGCGACGACCUGCAUCUCGAUCUCGGUCUCGAUCUCCUUUACCAUCCCGUCCUGCUGCACGCGUUCGAGCUGCUGACUUCCUGUGA